UGGUUAGUAUGAAGUUAACAACGAGCUUAUUGUUGCUGGUCGCAGGCCUUAGCUGCCUCUUCGAAGGAUGUGCAGCAGGUGUGAGCGUUAUUCCACAGAAUGCGAUCGAUGACCUUAAGUAUCGCGAUCAAUCAGCCGAGCCAAUUGCGCCCGUUAACGUGGAUGAAGAAAUUGUUCCGAUUUUCGAGCGCAGCAUAAACGUCGAACCAAUCAAUGGUGGUCAGGAGGACUACGUCGAACCAGCACCCAUUGCUGAAGUAGAGGCUGCGAGUGUGGAAUCUAAGUCUGAGGUUGAAGAUGAGUCUGUUAAGCCAGAAAGUGAUGCGAAUGAAAUACUUGUAGGACGUGCUAGUGAGUGCAAAGUGGCUAUACGUGGUGGUCUAUCCAGCCCUCAACCUGUUUAUAUUAAGAAGGGCUCUACCGAAUUCUAUCCUUAUGAUGAUUCUGGUGUUAUGGUUGUCGAUUCAGGCAGUAGUUUGGAGAUGUGGUGCCCUGGAAAAUUCUCGUCGAUUUCGCAGACGCUUGUCACCGCCACAUGUGUUAGUGGCACCAACUUCAAGAUUGAUGGUACCACUUACGCUUUCAAGGAACUGGCUUGCAAAGCCUGGCCAACUUUCACUGCCGAAAAGACUGGCGCAUCCUGCAACGGUGGCAUUAUGGUGCGUGUCGGCUAUAAAGUCUCCUCAAGCCGUUUCAUCGAACAAUAUACAGUUUGCUUUGAUGAAGUCGAAGAAGUCACUCGUUAUGUACACCACGAUCUCAAUCCCGGCAGCAACUACUACGAAACUGGUGUAGCUCGUAUCACCUUCACGACUGGAGGCUUCUUUGAUGGCAAGGCUGUUAACACUCUAUAUACACAGGUCACUCAACAGGAAACCAUCAGCGCAGCAUUGGGCAUGGAUAGUAGCAAGUAUUUUGACUAUUCUACGAGUCUCUACUUAGCACGUGGUCACUUGGCCGCCAAAGCUGACUUUGAUUAUGCCGCACAACAGCGCGCUUCUUUCCUAUUUAUCAAUGCUGCUCCCCAAUGGCAAACCUUCAAUGCUGGCAAUUGGGCUAGUGUUGAAGAUAGUCUACGCUCCAAGGUUACCAAGUCUAAAUGGACCGUGGAUUGCUAUACCGGUGUUUAUGGUGUAACGACACUGCCUAAUAGUGAAGGUGUGCAGACACCACUGUACUUGGCUUAUGACAACAACAAUAACGGAUUAAUUCCUGUACCCAAACUGUAUUUCCGUGUUGUGAUUGAGCGCUCUACCAACAAGGGUAUUGUGUUUAUUGGUGUAAAUAACCCAUAUUUGACAUUGGAUGAGAUUAAGAAGGACUAUAUCAUUUGCACGGAUGUUGCCGAUCAAGUCGAUUACAUCACCUGGAAGCGCACCGAUAUCACUGCCGGCUAUUCAUACGCUUGCACAGUUAGUGACUUCAUGAGUAAAGUGAGUCACUUGCCAUCUUUAUCCGCAUCAGGCGGUUUGCUAUUGUAAAAGUGACAAAGUUAUUAGUAUUUGAAGGAUUUUAAUAAAUUUUUAAUACAUUUUGAUUAA